GCAAGCCAGUCAAGUUCUUCCACACCGAUCUCGACAGACCAUUUCUGUAUGGACCUCACUUUUUGCACGGGGGCAUUGUCAUGCUGAAACAGUAAAGGGCCUUUGUUGCCACAAGUCCAAUUUGUAAGUCGCUCUGGAUAAGAGCGUCUGCUAAAUGACUUAAAUGUAAAUGUAAGUUGGAAGCACAGAAUUGUCUAGAAUGUCAUUGUUUGCAUCCUAUGAGGUUGCCACAUUGGUAGUAGAAUGGCCUCAGUGACUUUCAAUGUUAGUUUAUGGAGAUUGCAUGGCCGUGUGCUCGAUUUUAUACACCUGUCAGCAACGAGUGUGGCUGAAAUAGCCGAAUCAACUCAUUUGAAAGGGUGUCCAUAUACUUUUGAUUAUAGUGUAGGUUCAUAACUAAUGUGCAUUUGUCAGAGCAUUGAGCAAAUUCAUUCUAGCCUAGAUUAUAUAAUUUACAACCUAUACAGUUCAUUCCAUAUUGUGCAUGUUCAUUCAGAUUUAGACAGCACAAACACCAUAGCAUAACCUUUGACACAACACUAUAUGCAAUUCAACAAGUAUGUUAAUAUACAUCCUAACCAGAUUAUGUUCUGUUUUCAAAAGGAUUGUGAGCAGAGUAUUAUUCAAUUGGCUCAUCCAGUCAAAAUCAGGAGCUCCAUCAUUUACUAAGGACCCUCUUCAUCCAAGAGAGCCACAGCCAAGACUGAGGAAGAGGAAAGUAACACCCAUACACAAGGAGAGACUGAUGUCCACGGUACAUCAUUGUAGCUGUGGCCAAGGGAGCAGCUGUCCCAGUCGUGCCAGACAGACUGAACCCCAGAUGGACCUCAUCCACAGCAGUGGGGUGCUGGUGAUCCAGCACCUCCAGAGCAACUACAAGGACUACCAUGACUUCCUUGACUUCAUGUCCUCUGUGGGCGACCCUCGUAACAUCUUUUCUCUCUAUUUCCCUCUGUGGUUUCAGCUUAGCCAAAUUGUCGGCACCAAGAUGAUAUGGGUGGCAGUUAUCGGAGACUGGUUCAACCUCAUUUUCAAAUGGAUUCUGUUUGGUCAACGGCCAUACUGGUGGGUGCAUGAAACUCUCUUUUACCAAAAUAAUUCACUCCCCCAGCUGGAGCAGUUCCACAUUACCUGUGAAACAGGACCAGGCAGUCCAUCUGGUCAUGCCAUGGGCUCUUCGUGUGUCUGGUAUGUAAUGAUCACAUCAGCACUCAACUUUACCAGACGCCUUUGUGACAGCCCAACUCAGGGUUGCCAGAGGUUUGGGCUUGUGUGGUCCUUUUUGUGGAUGGCAUUUUGGAUCAUUCAGAUUAGUGUUGGCAUCUCCAGGAUCUUCAUCGCCACACACUUCCCUCACCAGGUUAUCCUUGGUGUUCUAGCUGGUAUACUAGUGGCUGAAGCAUUUGAGCAUGUUCCCUCGAUCCACACAGCCAGUUUAAAAGUCUACCUUCACACUAGCUUAUUUCUGUUCUCCUUUGCCGUCAGCCUUUACUUGCUCCUUAAAAUGAUAGACAUUGACCUAUUGUGGUCGAUACCUAAAGCAAAGAAGUGGUGUGCCAAUCCAGACUGGAUCCACCUGGACACUACACCUUUUGCUGGUUUAGUGAGGAACCUGGGAGCAUUGUUUGGACUUGGCCUGGCCAUUAACUCUCAGAUGUUCAUCCAGAGCUGCAAGGUGAAGAACGGCUACAAGACUAGGUUUAAACUCAUGUGUGUAGCAGCCAAUCUGACCUCUCUGCAGCUGUACGAUUUCAUCAAAAUUCCCACUCACACAGAGAUCCUGUUCUACACACUCUCAUUCUGUAAGAGUGCUGCAGUCCCUCUUAGCGUGGUGGCACUCAUCCCCUACGGUGUUCACUUGUUGAUAGGAGACAAGGAGAGUAAAUUAGACUAAAUGUUUGUACAUCGUCACUUGACACAAUGACGAAUUGCAUUAUAAUGAACAUAGAUUGCCUGACUCCUAUGGCAAUUUGUUUAUGGUUGUAAUGUAGAUAUCUUUUGCUAAGCUAUUUACCUUGAUGGAAAAUGUGGAUUAUAAUUUUUGCAAUGUUAAAUUGUAUGUUACAUGUACAGUGUGAAAUGAGUGAGCUGGUGUUUUUUUAAGACAAAAAAAAUUAAAGUAAAUUGUAAACAAAA